UUCUAAAUCGGGUCCACUUUCAACCUAAGGAUUUGCUUCUCACAACACUGCCCUGAUCCUUCCAAUAAUUCAGUUGUGUUUGCCAUCCAUCUUUUCUAUCCAUCCAGAAGAUAUCGCCAUCCAUCUAUCUAUAAAAUCUGUCUUUUAUGUUUAUUGCAAUUUGCUAUAUUCGUGGGGAGAUUUCGGAAUUGUAAUUAGUUUCCUUUCAAAAUAUGUCGCGAGGGCGGCAGGGGGAAAGAUAUCUCGUGUUGCCUUAUAUAUGUUUUACAAUUUUCGUUUAAAAUCCACCAACUGUAUCAACGUCUCUUACAAUACUCCAGUGAUACUCGUGAUAUUGUUAAUGAUGGAUAGGCAUUUAUACUAAUCAGCUAACUGUUCAUAAUCCAGCAUGUACUGGAUAUCGUAUGAAGUUAUUAAAAAUUGUUCAGCAACAUUGAUAGUUGGUUACCGGCUGAUAGGCCUACCGGCAACAUGGUGACUGAUGCUCACAGUUGAUGGUUUACUACUUUGCUGAAUUUAUUAGUGAUCUACAGUCCACUGCAUUAAUGUUAGCACUUAUACUAGCUUAUCUAUUUUUUCACCAAUGGCAAAAUAGCUUGUUCUUAAGUUUUGUACGAUGUAGCGAAUCGAGCGGAGUAACACACAUCAGUUUAGCAAUUUAUCCGAAUCAAUUAAUACAGUUUAAUACAAAUUUACAAUUAAUACAAAUUUACGCUAUUAUUCCUUGAAUAGCCUCAUCUGUUUUCUCCUUUUGAACUUACAAUAAACCAGCACCAGCUUGGCUCGGGGUAAUGGUGGAAUCCCGUGCAGCUAAUUAUCGGAAUAACAUUCUGGCCAAUUCGCGGUGUUCAUCUACUGUUAAGAAAAUGAACGCGAUGAGUAAGAGUCACUGGCGAAUAUAUUCCAAAAAAUCCGUUUCAUGCAACACGUAAAAGCUUGCGAAUUCACGUUCUGAUCUAUGCUGGUAAUAGAGGGGCCAUCUGUGAACAUGCUGCAGCCGGUUUGUGCGACUAUUACCCUUGCAGCACUUAUUUUACCGAAACAUAUGAAUAAAUAGUCUUUAGUAUGUAAAAUGGAUAACGUUGUCUAUUUACAAGUAGAUAAUCCUAAGAGCCUGUGCAGACGGCAUGAGAUUUGGUCAGUAUCUAUACAUUGGGGACAGCCUACAUAGCUCACAGCACAAGGUCUUUGCAACGUGCCAGUACCGUCGUUGUGAGCGAACUGAAUAGUGGGGAAAAAAAUCGGAGAAAAAUACAAAUUAGUGUAUAAACUCAAUGGUAUAAUGCGUGAACGGCAUGUGUGCUCAGUAGUACUAUCACGGCAUCAUGAAUUAUUCAAACGAGCAAAGCAAACAAAACGUAAACCGAUAGGCGAAAUCUCAGAAAAUAACUAUCGUUCUAGUCUUUCAAAUGUAGUAAGCAGAAACAGAAACAUCCCGGCUGGGGUGAAUCGUGUGUUUGGUUUAAAAGCAAGACGAAACGACACCAAAUAAACCAAUAUCAGCUUGGCCUUGUUUUACACGAAGUGACAUAUUCUCCCUCUUUCUGUCCGUGUAUCACUGGCCGUCUGUUGUAGUGGGGGUUUUCCCUUUAAGUUUCCUCUUAAAACACUCACCUCGGAUGGAACUAUCUAGAAGCAAUAGAAUCGA